AUGCUCUUGGUUCUGACAGCAUUUCCAUCGACUACAGUUGCCAGAGAGGACCCCCUUCUGCCGGAUAUAUGGAAGAUCGUCGAGGGCUCCUAUGACUCCGAUGUCGUAGUUACGAUGCCUGAUCUGAAUCCGGGAGUGGCUUUCCUUGUCGAUGAAUUGUAUGACAUCAAACAUGAAGAGGGGACCUUGAAAAUACUUGACCAUGGGAAACCAGCCAAAAUGAACUAUUACGCAAAGUCUGACCUAUUUUUUUCCGUGGUUAAUGGGACUGAAUGCUCAGUUGGGAACUUGGUAGACCACCCGGGGUACAAACUCUGGGGAUGGGACUAUGAGAGCAGUUCCAAUAAUGACGACUUUGAUAACUUCAUCUAUGGGCCUUCGGCUCUUCUUCGCCUUGCUCGGGAUUUCUCUAAAUAUAUAGUCUUUCAAGGUGAGAAAAAGAUAAGAGACAUUAAUGCAGAUCACUGGCAUUUUGACCAUCCUGAUGGGUACCAUGUGGACUACUACUUUGCCGUUGCUGAAUGGAAUAUGCCCUACGGCCACACACUUCCUGGUGUGGAACUGAGAGCUCCUUUGCAAGUCCGAGUCCUUGGAAAGGAAAUAGAUCCUUGGCAUCCUGAUAAGGAGAAGGAGGAACAUGAAGUCGUCUAUGAUUAUACUGACUUCCAGCCUUUUGUUGCUCCGGCUGACUGGAAACAGUUCUUGGUUGACGAAGGCAUGAGCUGCGAGGGACGUGGGUCCUUAGACCCUGACCAGCUGAAACCUCCCGUUUCACCCGACACUUUCAAAGUUUUCCUGGAAAUUACAGUCAAUCGAACGGAAAUCAGCGAUGGUGUAUUUAUGGCUGCCUGGAUGUAUCACGACAGUUACCGUAAUGCCAUGCGUCUGGACGUCUGGACAUACCGUGAAACAAACGGUCCCAAAUCCUCCAGAGCCAUUCAAGACAUAGGCACAGGUAUCGAAUAUCGCAUUGAUGAAGAAACGGGCGAUUGUACAAUUUCAACUUGGAGUCGUGAUGAUUUUGUACAGCUCUUAGGGUCUGAAAUAGCGGAUGUUAUUAUGCCAGUAUCUCAGCGCCUAUUCUACCUAGAUGAUGCGUACGUCUUCAGUGGAUACAGUGAAUCCAGGGGACUCCUGACAAGUCGCUGGACAGCUACUCGCCGUGAUAUCUCGAUUCCAGGAAAGCCAGACCAAAAAUAUAACAAAGUCGUGGUGGACUACGAGUUUCUAACGAAAACGACCGAUGAAAUCGGCGAACGCACGACUAGCAACAUUCCAGUACGGAUUCAUAUCACCGUAUACGAUGAGGACGAUGCCUCGCACAUCAGAGAACGACACACUGUGCACCUCCUUCACAUGCAGACGACAUUUGAGGCUUUUGAGCUGAAUCCCUUCGAUGUCCGCGAGUGCAUGACUAUACCCACUCAGAGAUCCUGGUUCAAAAUGUCUUUUCGAGGGGACUGGCACGACGGAGCUUACCAAAAUCAAGACGAAUUUAAGAAACAGAUUAUGGAAAAGAUCUACAACGACACGCGCACUUCAUAUGUGAGGAUGCCUGAAGUGCAGCUUGAUCACGACGAGGGCAGCGUUUAUGCAAUUCUCCCUCUGGAACCUGCGCCUUACAGACUUCAGUUUCAGAAGAUGGAGGACACGAAACCAAGCACGUACGACACACAGCUCUCACAGCGUAUUGAGGACAUUGAUGUAUGUGCCGGACACUGCCUUGCUUACCAACGGUUCAAUUGCAAGUCCUUCUACGAGUGUCCAGGUCAAUCUAAGAAAAGCUGUUUCGUUAGCAACAGCGUAAAGCCAAAAGCCCCCUAUGCAGACGUGCCCGAUUGCAAGCACUUUAAGAAGGCCACAAACGUUUCUGAUUUCCAGCAGCCAAAUGCGGAAGUGGGUUUGUGGUUGGAGGGCCUGAUACAAGAUGGCAGAUUUAACAUCAAGUUAACAUACGAAGAUUUUGAUGGUACUGAAAAAAAUGGAACCUUCAGAGGCUAUAAAAUAGAAAAAGAAAUAUUUGGUGAUGAUCCAGUUUUCGUCGAUUACUUGCGCAAGGACUUCCACAUUUCCCGCGCGAAUGCCAGGAUGAGACCUGGGCUGGUUGAAAGAAAUAUGGACGGCGUCUCAUAUGCGGAUUGCCUGUUUUCUUGCGACCUGAGCAAGUCAUUUGACUGCCAGACCUUCUCCUACUGUUAUGAAUCGAGGAAGUGUUCGCUUUCAUCCCACGUAGUCAGUGUUCCUGCCGAUGACCAGGACGUUGUCGAGCUCUUCAACUGCGUCGUCGUCAGCCGUAAAUACAUAGAUGACUAUAAUGCUAUUGAAGGUACAGUUUAUACGAGUGAUGCAAGAUUAUCCGUUCCUGAAGUCAGCGACAGCGACAAAUGCGCCUUCCUCUGUGACAACGCCACAGAUUUUACUUGCAGGUCAUUUGACUAUUGCUCUGAUGUCAAGCUUUGUGAUUUAUACACUGAGAGAUCAAUAGAUAUUCCAGAUGAAAAACUUAAUCAUAGUCUACCCUUCUGUACUCACUUUGAGCGUGAUGCUUUAGUAGACUUUCAGAAACAUCCCAAUCAAAUGUUGGAUGGAAAGAGAGAUCGUUUCAUAAAGGAUGUCAGCGCUUCACACUGUGCUGAGAUAUGUGAGCAGGAGCCUGAUUAUUCGUGCAACGGCUUUGACUACUGCAAAGAUGACAGCGGCAUAACCUGCUUCUUAGCAGAGGAUCAUUACUCAGAUGACGGUGUUGUUAUUCAUGACUCACAAACCUGUGACCAUUACUCGCGGGAAUACUACGAUGGCAAAGACAGGGAUAAUUUUGCUCACUUCAAGAACUCGGAUUAUAAAUAUGGCCCAGGUGAUAUGGCUGGUUUGGGAGUUUCCAUGCUGAUUAUCUCUGUUGGUCUCACGCUUGGAGGAGUCUACAUCUAUAAUUAUAAUGAGCGUUUUGUCAGUUGAGCAUAAUACAAAACUGGAUUCUCUGUGAUCAGGUUGAAAAGCCUCAGAAUAUGUUAAAAUACUUCGCUGAUGCCAUUCAAUUACCUAAAACAAUGAAGU